GUUUUUGCUUCUCUUACUAGAACUGUUCUCUACUUCUCUCUCUACAAACGAAGGGUUCUCACUUGGGCGUCGGAGUGCUAACGGACCUGCCCGGUCCACUAGGCGCUUGUGAGUGCAGGCAGGCGCGUGACAAGAGGCGUGUUAGAGAUUGGAGCUCGGAGCAGAAGGACGAAGCCUUCCGGUCAUAAACAAUUGGCGCGCCAGAUAGGGGCAUAUAACCAACAAGACGCAUGAAGGAUCUUGGGUCAGGUGAGAAGGAGGGUGGCAUCGAACCGCAAGAGCGCGGGACGAAAGGGGCCAAGGUGGCGGAAGGCGCCCAACUCACAAAAGAAGAGUUGCUUCAAAUCAUCGAAAGUCAAGAUCACGCACUUGAGAUCUUGAAGAAAGAGGUCGAGGCGCUCAAGAAGGGCGGAGGCGACCUGCCCACGCCUGGGUCGAAGAGAAGGGAGCGAGAUGAAGAGGGCGAAGGGGCGUCCAGCCUCGCGAGGCGCACGGAAGAACUUGGGCACUUGACCCGACACCAGGAAUCUGACUAUGAUGACUACAACGAUUGGGCGCAGAGGCGUGUCGGGAGAGGUUGGGGAGUUUGGCAGCCUUUGGCCAGGAGCAUCCUUGCUGAGCAGCCAAGCUCAGUUAUACCCGCCCUGCCAAGCUACGAUGGUACGACGGACCCGGAACACCACCUGAACAAUUACUUCACGAAGAUGCAGUUAUACAGCAGCACGGACUGAAAGUAUGGAGGAAUCACCUGGCCAGUGUGCUCCCCAAUCGUGGGCUCCACAAAACUCGACGGCAGACCGGCCCCACUUGUAGUGGCGGUCUUUGCUUUCUUCCCCCGACCGUGCAAGGCACCACCCGCUCUCUUCCGAGAUGCGGCGGAAGAAGGGGAAGGAGGAGUGCUCACCCCGACAAUUUCCCGAGGCGUGUAGUUGGAGGAUGGACUCGAAUCAGAUGAGGCGUGGCGCUCUGAGAUCGGCGAGUCAUGGCCUGCCGCCUCGCCUGCCGCACCAGCUGGUAAAGGAGAGGCGCCCCGCCCCGCCGAUGAGGCGCCUGCGGUCGUUGCGA